UCCGGAACCAGUUGCACCUGACGUCACAGUAGGCGGAAGUCACUGCUGUUUCACCCACUGAGUGGCAGCUUGAAAGCAAAAAAACACUCCUAAAAUGGGAAAGAGCUGUUGUGUGACUGAUUGUAAAAACAGAUUCAACAAGGAAUCGGACCUAUCUUUUUACAGACUGCCGAAAGCAAAAGAAAAGAGAAGCAAAUGGAUCGCUGCGAUUCGUAGAAACAACUGGAAUCCAGGCAGCGAAACGUGGAUUUGCAGUUGCCAUUUUGUGUCAGGAAAAAAGAGUGAUGAUCCACUACACCCUGACUAUGUGCCAAGUUUAUUCAGUUUCACCUCCAAAACUGAUCGAACUCGUGCUGUCAAAAACCUGGAAAGAUAUCAACGAUUUCGAGAAGUUUCUGUGAAAAGAUUUGUCAGUGCCAACACAAGUAAAGAGCUAGCUGCAACAGCUCUCAUGAACCUGUAUCAAAGUUCCACAUUAAAGAAAGAGGUCCAGAUGGUUGAAAUCCAAGGAACUGAGGUCCAACGGUUGAAGUCCAAGGAACUGAGGUCCAGACGGUUGAAGUCCAAGGCACUGAGGUCCAGACGGAUGAGACACACAGUGACAUCGCCUCUUUACACGAACAGAUUAAAUCUUUAA